GCAUAUGAAGACAGCAAGGGGGUGGGGGAAUCCACAUCGCGUAGCUUGAGUCUCUCUCUCUCUCUGUGUGUGAGGGAGGGAGACACAGAGGGGGAAAACAACGGUCUGUUUUAGCUGCAGUGCUACAGCAGAGUCAGACUUCUUCCCUGCCCCAGGUUUUGUGCCAGCACGCAAACUGCUUACAGGUUUGACAAGCUGUGAAAAGACUUGCCUGUUGUUGUUGUUGCUCCUGCUGCUGGUGCUGCUGCUGUGUGUAAAUUGAGCAUCCUCUGUCUUGCCUUUCGCUGGACCGGCGGAUCUCUUGCUCUUGAGAAAGGUGUUUCGGAAGGGCCCCCUACUAAAGUGGUUCUCUUCAGUUCUUUCUAUUUUUAUGGUAGAAGCUUAUCUAUUCAUGGGGCUGAAAAGCGUGUGCAGAUCUACCAGAGAAGAAGCACAGCAAGCCAUCGCUUAUCACAGCGCCCGUCUGUGGUUAGGCAUUCUUCAGUCCCGCAAGUCAGAAGGUCAAUAAAAAUGGAGGCUUCAUCUUCUGGAUCUGAUGGGAAGCCAAUCACUCAUCAGCCAGAAGGAAGAGAGCAUUGUCAAGGUCGUCACCUGGAAACACAAAUAUCAAUAAGACUUGACGCUCAGAAGAGAGAUGUGGACUUUUCAGAAAUACUUAAUGCAAUACAAGAAAUAGCCAAGGAUGUCAAUAUUUUCUUUGAUGAAUUAGAAGGCAUAGCCAGCCCUUCCAAGGACGAUGAAUCUUUGCUUCACCAUGGUAAUUUGACCAGUACUUCAGAGGAUACUAGCAGAUUUGAGGCAGUGGGAGAGGGAGUACCAGAAAAAAAUAAAACCAGUGGACUGUAUUUUAGGGAUGGAAAAUGUCGGAUUGACUACCUCUUGGUAUACAGAAAAUCCAACCCACAGAAUGAGAAAAGAGAAGUUUUUGAAAGAAAUAUCAGAGCAGAAGGACUUCAAAUGGAGAAAGAGUCAUCGUUAUCAAACAGCGAUAUCAUCUUUGUGAAGCUGCAUGCCCCUUGGGAAGUACUAGGAAAAUAUGCAGAACUUAUGAAUGUAAGAAUGCCUUUCAGGCCCUUUAACCCCUUCAAUGCUGGAGCCCCCUGCAUACUCGUGCCCUGCUGUUUUUUAAAUGGACAUUUCUUUGAAAACAAUGGAAAAUCGAGAAGAUCCAGGAGAAAAAUCUAUUACCUGCAUCGCCGGUACAAGUUCCUGAACAGAAUCGAGAAACAAUUAAGCAGGUUUCGAGGAUGGUUACCUAGAAAGCCAAUGAGGUUGGACAAGGAAAGGCUGCCAGACCUGGAGGAGAAUGACUGCUACACUGCCCCAUUCAGUCAGCAAAGGAUCCAUCACUUCAUCAUCCACAACAAAGACACGUUCUUCAACAACGCUACAAGAAGUAGAAUUGUUCAUCAUAUUUUACAGAGAGUGAAAUACGAAGAAGGAAAAAAUAAAAUUGGUCUGAAUCGAUUGCUUACUAAUGGCUCCUAUGAAGCUGCAUUUCCUCUUCAUGAGGGUGGUUACAGAAGUAAAAAAUCCAUAAGAACUCAUGGGGCAGAAAACCACAGGCACCUACUUUAUGAGUGCUGGGCUUCGUGGGGAGCUUGGUAUAAAUACCAGCCUUUGGAUCUUGUACGACGGUACUUUGGUGAGAAAAUUGGCUUGUACUUUGCCUGGUUAGGCUGGUAUACAGGAAUGCUCUUCCCAGCUGCCUUCGUUGGACUCUUUGUCUUUUUGUAUGGAGUAGCCACAUUGAACCACUGCCAAGUCAGUAAAGAAGUCUGCCAAGCUACAGAGAUUAUAAUGUGCCCUAUAUGUGAUAAAUACUGCCCCUUCAUGAGGUUGUCCGACAGCUGUGUUUAUGCCAAGGUAACACAUCUUUUUGACAAUGGGGCUACUGUGUUUUUUGCUGUUUUCAUGGCAGUGUGGGCAACUGUUUUUCUGGAGUUUUGGAAAAGAAGACGAGCAGUAAUUGCCUACGACUGGGACUUGAUAGACUGGGAAGAAGAGGAGGAAGAAAUAAGGCCCCAGUUUGAAGCCAAGUACUCGAAGAAAGAACGAAUGAAUCCCAUAUCUGGAAAACCGGAGCCUUAUCAAGCAUUUGCAGAUAAAUGCAGCAGAAUUAUUGUUUCUGCAUCUGGAAUAUUUUUUAUGAUCUGUGUGGUGAUUGCUGCUGUUUUCGGCAUUGUUAUUUACCGUGUCGUGACUGUCAGCACUUUUGCUGCCUUUAAAUGGGCUUUAAUCAGGAAUAACUCUCAGGUUGCAACUACCGGGACUGCUGUAUGCAUCAACUUUUGCAUCAUCAUGCUACUGAAUGUUUUGUAUGAAAAGGUUGCUCUUUUUCUUACAAAUUUAGAGCAACCUCGAACUGAAUCUGAGUGGGAGAACAGCUUCACUUUGAAAAUGUUCCUUUUUCAGUUUGUCAAUCUGAACAGCUCUACUUUUUAUAUAGCAUUCUUUCUUGGAAGAUUUACAGGUCACCCUGGUGCCUACUUGAGGCUGAUAAACAGAUGGAGACUAGAAGAGUGCCACCCUAGUGGAUGCCUUAUAGAUCUCUGUAUGCAAAUGGGUAUUAUAAUGGUGCUAAAGCAGACUUGGAACAACUUCAUGGAACUAGGCUACCCGUUAAUUCAGAACUGGUGGACCAGAAGAAGAUUGCGACAGGAGCACGGUUCACUACGAAAAGCAAGCUUCCCACAGUGGGAGAAAGACUACAACCUUCAGCCUAUGAAUGCCUAUGGACUCUUCGAUGAAUAUCUAGAAAUGAUUCUUCAGUUUGGAUUCACAACCAUCUUUGUGGCAGCUUUUCCACUUGCUCCACUUCUGGCCUUACUUAACAAUAUUAUUGAAAUUCGGCUUGAUGCAUACAAAUUUGUUACACAGUGGAGGCGGCCAUUAGCUUCAAGAGCCAAAGAUAUAGGAAUCUGGUAUGGAAUUCUGGAAGGCAUAGGAAUUCUUUCAGUUAUCACAAAUGCAUUUGUUAUUGCUGUAACUUCGGAUUUUAUCCCUCGGCUUGUUUACGCUUACAAAUAUGGACCAUGCGCAGGUCAAGGGGAGGCUGGACAAAAGUGUAUGGUUGGCUACGUUAAUGCAAGUUUAUCAGUUUUUCUAGUGUACGAUUUUGAACAUCGUUCAGAACCAUCAUCAAAUGGAAGUGAGUUCUCCGGCACGCCGUUAAAAUAUUGCAGGUACAGAGACUAUCGUGACCCCCCUCAUGCUCCAGUGCCCUACGGCUAUACGCUACAGUUUUGGCAUGUCUUAGCUGCACGGUUGGCUUUUAUUAUUGUAUUCGAGCACCUGGUGUUUUGUAUAAAACACUUGAUUUCCUAUUUAAUCCCAGAUCUUCCUAAAGAUCUGAGGGAUCGUAUGAGAAGGGAAAAGUAUCUGAUCCAGGAAAUGAUGUAUGAAGCAGAACUGGAGCGUCUACAGAAGGAACGGAAGGAAAGGAAGAAAAAUGGGAAAUCUUACCACAACGAGUGGCCAUAACUAAGCUGGGUAGGAUACCUAUAUUCCAUUUGCUUACUACAGUUCCAUGAGAACACUACCUUCAAGAGAAUGAACAAAAGAUGCAACCUCAAUGCAUGCCACAAUCUGACAUAGCAAACAGGACAGAACAUGUCAAGGAGUUUUACUGUGAAAUCACCUUGCAGUCUGCAUAUGAUUGCUAUUCAUAUGCCAUUCUAAACAAGCAUGCAACUUCAGUUUUUAAAAUCAAGAAACUUAUAUACCGUGGACUAUUUUUCAGCCUGUUUGCUACUCUUUUGCAUUAUGUUCCUUGUCACUUUUUCAACACUUCCAAUAGUAAAUAGACAUAAAAAAAUCUGGGUACUUUAGCAAUGGCUAUUAUAACAUCUCCUAUUAAAGUACCAUGUAUAUCAGACACACUGAUUACAUAUCUGGUAGCUCUUUGUUUUCAUUUUUUUUGAGGUAAGAUAUAUCUUACAUAUGUAUAAUAUAUAUAAAGUAUAUAGAGAUUGUUUAUUGUAAAUAGCAAAACAAAAAAAAGCCCUAUGGUUAAGAAUGUCAAAUUUUCACACUUAAAAUAUACCAUCAACAUAAAGCCAUGUUUAAUGCUUCAAUAA